AUGGCCCCCGAGUCUUGCCCAGAGGCUGGAGAGGCCGAGGAAGAGGCUCUCCCCUCUCCUGUGGGCAGAGAGGCCGUCAGCAGCCCGCUGGAGCCUCCAGAGGACACACCCGCAGACCUGGUCGCUCCCGCCAGCCUGAAGGACACCAAGGCCAGCUCCACACAAGCGGCCUCCGUCAACCCGCCACUGGCCCCCGAGUCCCUGGAUCCACACACACUGCGGCUGCUGUGGAGACAGCGGGAACUGGAGAUCCAGGCCCUGCGGUUCCUCCGGAACCAGGGGAACCAGCGGGAUGUCCGGCGCUCCCGCGUCCUGCUCGAGGUGGCCAGGCUUCCACCGCAGAGGAGCUAUCACAAUCAGGAAAAGCCCCUGCAGAUCCAGGUCCAGAAGCUGGCUCUGGAGCUAAAACAGCAAAAGGAACAGGCCCAGCUGGAGAAAAAGAACCUGGAGGAGAAGCUGGAGCAGACGAAGACCGUGGUGCAGCAGCUGGAGGCCCAGCUGGAGGUCUUGCACAAGUCCUGCCUCGUGAAGCUGGCCAGCUCCUCCUGGGUGGGCCGCAUGCUGAGGUCAUCCACCGGCAGCGUGGAGGUGGUGACCGCGGAGACCCUGCUGGACCUCAGUGACCCCUCUGAAAAUGAUGAGGCCUCCCCUGCUCAGGAGGGUUUCCGGCUGGAGGAUGUGGACUGGAACGCCAUCGCCCAUCGAUUCCCCAACCUCUUGGCCAACAUGCAGUCGAGGGCCUGGGAAGGGAAGGACAGGGUAGGGGAUGCAGGGAAGGGCCCCCGGCUUGCCAAGAGCCCUUUUCCCAGGCUGGGUCCUGGGGCCCUGGACAACAACUUGGGGUGCCCCGCCUACCGUGGGGAGGCAAGCUGGGGGCAGGGCUGGGUCCCGGAGCAGUCGCCCCCCACAGCUAGUGAGCAGACUGUGGCCUGCAGGCGCAACUCACGCCGGCAGACCCUGCAGCUCCCAUCUGGCUCACCACCUGAAGAAAGUAGCUCCAGGGUGGACAAACCUGAAGAAAGUGGCUCCGGGUUGAGCAAACUGCCCAAGGAGUCUUUUCGCAAGAGUGUGGAGUGGAGCUCCCUGCCCCUCGUGGGCACCAGCAGCUCGGGGAGCUCUGAAUCUGACGCUCGCCGCGGCAUGCAGAAGGUGACAGGGCACCCGCCCUUGGCGCCAGGCCACAUUUCUCACGAGGAGGUAGAGUCUCGGCACCACAGUUCCAUCCGGAGCUCUCAGGACUCCCAUGCCAGGAGCUCCAUCAGGGGCCCACAGGACAUCCCUGCCAGGAGCUCCAUCAGGGGGUCGCAGGACUCUCGGGCUGGCAGCUUCCUCCGGAGUUCCAUCAGGGACUGGAAGGCCGAGUCUAAAGACCGGCUGGGCCCGGUGCACAAGGCCCGCGUCGUGUCCGACCACUGGCAGCUGUCGCACCCCUGGAGCCGGAAGGGCUCCUGCGUGAAGAUCGCGGCCGUGAACCUUCGCGAGCGGUUCAUCUGCGUCCUCAACCAGUCCGUGGAGGAGACGGUCGACCUGGGCGGCUUCACGCUGCAGCAGCUGGAGCACGACUUCCCCGUGUACCUGUACCGCUUCCCGCCGCGCACGCUGCUGGCGCCGCAGCACCACGUCACGGUCUGGGGCAAGGGGUCCGGCAGCGCCAAGAAGCCGAUGCCCUCGUCCGUGGGCUGGGGACCCCGCCACGUCCGCUCCCGCCGCAGCUUGGUGACUCUGCUCCUGAGCCCCAAAGGCGAGCUCCUCAGUGAGCACCAGGCUCCGCACAGCGUGACGCCCGCCACGAACACCCUCGACGACCACACCAACUUGUCCAUCGACUGCUUCCCGCUCCCGGAGGCGCAGCCUGGGGACGACACUCCCGAGCAGGGGCGCCCGCCCCGAACCCCGCGCAACCGUCGGGCGCCCAAGGCCCGGGCCCGGAGCCGCCGGAGGCCGAGGACCCGGGUCCCGCUGCCGCGCCUGACCCCCAGCAAGCUCCUCGGCCCCGGGGAGGUGCCGGCGCCCCCCGAGCGCGCAGAGGCCGACGCGCGGGAGCCUCUGCCCGCCAUCCCCCGUGAGCGUGCGGCAGGUGAGGAGGGAGGGGCGGCCCGGCAGGAUGGGCGAGGCCGGGCGACGCCCCCUUCACCCUUGUCCCACGCAGAGGACGGGCCGGACCUCGCAGACUGUCAGGAAGGGAAGGAGCACAAGGAGCACAGGGUCCGGGUGUGCCAGAAGACCGUGGACCGGGACUGCCCGAUCGUGGAACUGUCGGUGCAGAGCAUGGCCGAGAAAAGAUUCGGUUUCCGCCUCCUUAGCUGCCCGCCCAUUCCCGUCAACGUGUGUCGGCCGGUGUAGAGCCG